AUGGGCCUGGCGCAGCGGACUUCGAUGGGCCUGGGAUCCCGGGGAUCCCGCAGUUUGUCGGACAAGGAAAGGAGCUUGCAGAAAGAGAGGCGAGAUGCGGUGGCGGAGUUCUUUCCAGCCAUUGCUUUCACAAUUCCCAACACGAUCAUCUACAUCGCCCGUGAACCCUUGAAGAACGUCAACCGCAGCACAAGUCGAGCAAUCACAGCCGAGGUGUUCAACGGACUCCGGCCGGUCGUGAGCAGUUAA